AUGCCUGCCAUCCGCCACGCGUCCAAGCGCAAGCCGCCGCCGGACGGCUUCACCGACAUCGAAGAUGACCUGUUGGUGUUUGCCAACAAGAUGAAGGACGCGCAGAACGCGCCGUCUGACAACAUGCCGAAGCACCAGGCGCAGUGGCCCAUCUUCCAGAUCUCCCACCAGCGGAGCCGCUACAUCUACGAGCUCUACUACGACAAGGAGGCCAUCAGCAAGCAGCUGUACGACUGGCUGCUCAAGAACGGAUACGCCGACGCGAUGCUCAUCGCCAAGUGGAAGAAGCAGGGCUACGAAAAGCUGUGCUGCUUGCGGUGCGUCCAGACCAAGGAGACCAACUUCAACUCCACCUGCAUCUGCCGGGUGCCCAAGGCACAGCUCAAGGAGGACCAGGAGAUCCAGUGCGUCAGCUGCGGGUGCAGAGGCUGUGCGUCUAGCGACUAG